AUGUGUGCAGUUCAAAAUGCUAAAGUAGCGCACCUGAAACAGAGUCUUAGUGGCGGGACAUUAAAAUAUGGCUGGAAAUCACCGACCCAGGAGUAUGGGAUCAAAGAGCUGGAAAAUCAGUGGACCGUAACUGUGUGCUCUCAGUCAACUGAGGUAAAUGGACAUGACUUAUCGAAAGCCUCCCACGAAGAAGCCAUAGACGCAUUCCAUAAAGCAGAGGAACCAAUUGUCGUUGAAGUUCUACGCCGUUCCGUCAAAAACUCGAGUCAGAAAAUGAAAUCGAAAAAUCCAAUAUCAUGUACCGUGGCAACACAAACCGAUGAGUUUAUAGAGAAUGAAAUGUUGUAUGGAGUUUACGAUAAUGAAGAAGAAAUUCUUAACCAGCAUGGGGUGCCUGGGUUGUACACUCCCUCGUCUAGGAUACCUCUUGCGUUCUCUCCGACAAAUGACAUGGGGUUGACAGACAUUGAGAUGUCAAAUGCGUACGAGUACAACUUCGAGGAAUCCUUUGAAAGUGAACAGUUUAAUGACUUUGAAUAUGAGGAGGUGACACUCCACAGAGCAAGUAGUGAAGAGAGACUUGGACUAACUCUAUGUUAUGGCUCUACGGACGAAGACCUAACAGAUAUCUUUAUUAGUGAGAUUGAUCCUUAUAGUAUAGCAGCCCAGGAUGGGAGAAUAAAGUCAGGAGAUCAGAUAUUACAGAUAAAUGGUAUAGAUGUGCACAGCAGGGAAGAGGCAAUCAAAUUGUUCCAAGAGGACAGAUCAGAUAUCACUCUGUUGCUAGGGAGACAGAUUCAGAUGGAUGAUGGUUUCUUGGAAGAUGGUGGAAAUGUAGUCCUUGAUGAUCUUCAUAUGGACAUGUUGAGACAACACCCUCACUUUAAUCCACAUUUAAUGGGACAGGGUAACGAUGAGGAGGGUGCCACCACAGAUACGGCAACCACAGAGAAUUCUCUGACACGACAUGAAAAAGAUAGCGGUGUAGGACGCACUGAUGAAAGUACCAAAAAUGAUGAGAGUUCUGAGCAGGAGAUGAUGGAUAAUGAAUCGUCACCAGGCAACAAUUCAAAGUUUCGUCACUAUAGCGACAACAGCUUUACUUCGAAUGACACUCAAGAAUUGGAGUUUCGCAAGAAUGAAAUCUCAACACAAGAUUGUGAAAAGUUUCGUGAAGUCUUGGCUAAUCGUUACGCUGAGGACUGCUCUGCCAAACUUAACGGCCAAAAGGAGCCAAGUAGAAAGGACUCCCAUAGUUCUUUGGAGCAGGAACUGGCUCUGUUAAAUAAAGAAAUGGAACAUAUACAAUUAGAAUGUCAAGAAAUUAUUGACAUUCAUUCGAAUAAGAAACAAUUGACAAUCGAAGGCCUGGGGGGUAAGCCUUACCAGAGCCCAAGGGUGGUGCCACGUAUGGGCACACGUCUAGAUAAACUGAAAAACAGCAACUUGGCUAAUGUGGACAAUGGGAAGUCAGAAUCCCCAGUAAAGCCAAUAGAAAAUAUUGAAACACCUAAACAUAUUGAAACAUCAAGUUUAGAGCGUGAUAAAGACACUGCAUAUAACACGGCAGACAGUUCACAUAGGAGCACCCCUCUCACCCUGGAGUUGAGCGCGUUUGAAGGGGACACACGCAGUUCCAUGCUGCACCUCCCAGCCACGGGAAAAUCAGACUCAAGCUCGAAAUCCUCUAAAAAAUCCGAUAGGAGGUCAGAGCGUAAUCACUCCCGGGAUGGUAGUAGCCAUAGUGAUAGUAACAAAUCAGCCAAUGAGGGCAAACGUAGAUCACGAAAAGAUCGUGAAAGUGAUGGGAAAAAAUCUGGCGAUACUACACCGCAGGAGAAGUACAAGUCUACGGAAAGUUUGACAGACAUUUAUGCGACUUACGCAGAAGUUAUGUACACCAAUCAGGCCAAUCUAGCCCAUACUAUGAUGGUGCAACAAAAACUAUUCGAAAAGAAAAUCAGUACCAGUUCUCAUAGAAAUGAUACAACACUUUCACGUCACCCUGAUGGCAACAAAAGCGCAGCACCAAGUGGAAAUCAGAGCUCCGAUCAAAUGGAAUGGGUCGUGAAACGUCGUGCUGAUGGUUCGCGUUAUGUCACACGUCGACCAAUCAGAAAUAAAAUGUUAAAGGAGCGAGCAAAGAAAAUAACAGAAGAAAGAGCUGGAAUGACAACAGAUGAUGAUGCCAUGAGUGAAAUGAAGGUUGGGAAAUAUUGGUCGCGGGAAGAUCGUAAACGCCAUCUUGAAAAAGCACGUGAUCAGAAACGUAAACGUGAGUUCAUGCAACGAUCACGCAUGGAAACCCUCAAAGAAAAGGAGGAAGACAAUAAAAAGGAAGUGAACAUUGUCGAACUGAGUCAUCGAAAAAUGAUGCGUCAUAAAGGGCGCAAAGUAUUUGACGAUUUCACAACUGUACAGGAAAUGCUGGUACAUGGAAAUCGCGAGUCUGCUGGCAAAAAUUAUAACCCAUUAUUAUCAGUCACAACUGUUUGAAGUAACUCCAUGCUUUGAAUGUCACAAUGGUCAUGUUUGUGCUUUCCAUUUUCUCUCUAAAAUUUGAAUAAAA